AUGAUCCAGUAUUUUUAUCGCUUGGACUACCAACAGCCUCAAAUACUUAACCACGGCGCGGGUCUACCAGAGACAGACCAGAAUAGCCAAGUAAAAAUUCCCAGCAUUCUACUUCACGCGAGAGUAUACACACUUGCAGAAAAUUACGCAAUUAGCGGUCUCAAGGACCUCGCUAUUACCAAAUUCAAGACUGCUACUAUUCGAGAAUGGGAUCCAGCCAGUUUCCUGAGGGCUGCUCAUGAAGCAUACACCUCGACCAUUGAUACUGAUCGGGCCUUGCGUGACACUAUUUUGCAGGAAUUUGCUAAACACAAGGACCUGUUAGACAGUGAUGAAGCAAAGGCGCUCUUUGGUGACCUAGGCUCAUUUGCAUACGACCUCCUUAUGUAUUUCUACCGGGAGGGAAAGAUUUGGUAA